CGGAUCUGUCUCCCCUUCGUUCUCGCCGUACUAGAUUCUCCGAGCAACCGGCGUCGGCGAUGGGAACUGGGAGAGAAGCCAGCGUAUCGCUAGAUGGAGUCAGAGACAAAAACAUGAUGCAGCUUAAGAAACUCAACACUGUUCUGUUCCCUGUUCGCUACAACGACAAGUACUACGCUGACGCAAUCUCAUCCGGAGAAUUCACUAAGCUCGCUUAUUACAGUGACAUAUGUGUUGGAGCUAUUGCUUGUCGGCUGGAGACGAAAGGAGGGACCAUGAGAGUGUAUAUAAUGACUCUUGGUGUUCUUGCACCUUACCGUGGCAUUGGGAUUGGUUCAAAGCUAUUGAAUCAUGUUCUUGACAUGUGCACCAAGCAAAACGUGUCUGAGAUAUACUUGCAUGUUCAGACGAACAACGAAGAUGCGAUCAAGUUCUACAAGAAGUUUGGGUUUGACAUCACAGAUACCAUUCCAGACUAUUACAUCAACAUCGAGCCUAGAGACUGCUAUGUCGUCACCAAGUCCUUUGCUCAAAUCUGAAGCCAACAAAUGAUAGCAAUACGUGACUUGGGGGAAGCCAUUCUUCCCCGGAUUGUUUGCUCAAUUUUCAAGUCUAUUCUUUACGUUACAAUGCGUCUGUUCCCAAGUUUUUUUGCUUGUUUUUGAUGACCUUAGCUAAUGGUUCUUUUAUACCUAGUGAUCGUGACCCCAUUGGUUUUGGACCUUUUGAUUGGGGAAGUUUUGACUUUGCAACUCUUAUUUUACUUAGCUAAGCCAAUAUUCAACAUUCUUGCUCUGA